UUGUAUUCUACCAUUUUCAUUUAUUUUUUAAAAUCGGAUGACGACGCACGACGCGAGCGAAAAACGCGAUAAAGAAGAAAUAAAUUUUGCUGUCACAGAAAUACACGGUGAUUAAUGCGAAUAGAGUAUAGUUAAAUCAAAUGCCAAAGGAUUAAUGUUUUGAUAUUUGAAGAAAUAUUAAAAAAAGUAGUGCACUCAUCAUUUGUUUAUUGAAACGAAGCCCACAUUUAAAAAAAGGGGGAAGGAAAAAAUAAGAAGUGUAUGUGUGUUGUUCGUCUGGGUGUGUGUGCCUAAUUCAUGCCUAUGUUGUUUUUGUAAAGAAAAUAAGAAAGAAAAAGUUUCACCCAAGGAAAAGAAAAGUAUACAAAGUAUAUAUUGCCAAUAUUUAUGCAAAAUUUCAUAAUUAACAGUGUUAAAUUAAGAGAAGGGUAUAAAUUAUGGUUACGUUAAAUGGAAAUCAAAUGGUGGAGAGCAGCCCAACACCUCCAACAACGGCGGCAGCAGCCCCAGCAAAAUUGCAAGCAUUGCCGACAUCAGCGACUACAGCCAAAACAAGUAUUGACCCUGUUAAAGUGCUGUUGGUGGAAGAUCCCGAUCCCCCUAGCAGCCAGCCAAAUAAAGCAACAACAAACACAACAACAGCCACCCACUCAAUUUCAGGCGAUAAUGGCACAACAAACGCCAACUCCUCCAACAAUACUGCUAAGGUUGCUGGUGGCAGCACCAUGAACGGUGGUGAUGAUGGUAAAAUCUGUGAAUUAACCGAGCAAAAUGUCAAAUUGUUGCCCAAGGCAUCGCCUCCUCCGCAAAUCAUUAUAAUUCCGGAUUCAGCUGCUGCUGCAACAACGUCCAAUACAACAGCCAAAAAGAUAAGACGUGCUUUUUCCAUGCCACGAAAUCCUUUUCGUUGGUCUCACAAAUUGAAAACAACGGCAACAACGACAACAGUGGCGGGGGCCGAUAACCUCAUUACUGGCGGUGGUGGUGGUGAACGCAAGACCGGAAGAACACAAGAUUCAGGUGGCGGAGGCGGUGGUGGAGGUGGUGGCGGUGUCCUAUCUUUGGGCAAAUCGUAUACCUUAUCAUCAUGUGUUGGUGGCAAUCGCAAUAGAUCGGAUAGUUUUGCAUCGUUGAAUGAAGACGGUGGGGGUGGAGGUGGCAUUAUGGCCACCACCAAUACCACCAUGUCCCUGGAUCAAGCAUUAGAUGCACAACAAUUAAAUACUGCUAAUUCCAAAAGGCCAAAAACCAAGGCAAACACUUUGAAUGGUGUGACUAGUUUGCAAAAUCCUGCUGCCAAUAACAAUAACAACAAUAAUCGUUUAUUUAGACGCUCAUCGUUUAGGAAAUUUAUAAAUCGCAUUGCUCAGCAUAUGACAACAACGUCGAAUAAACCGCAGACAACAACAACAACGAGCGCUUCAGCCAAUGGCGGCAAUCACCUAAUAUCAUCGAGCGGCGAUCGCGUACCGCCCAUCGGUGGCUAUCAAUGGCCAACGGAUCAGACACCUGGUGUUAUGGGUCUGAAAAAUCAUGGCAAUACCUGUUUCAUGAAUGCCGUCUUACAAUGCCUUAGCCAUACGGAUAUAUUGGCGGAGUAUUUUGUUUUAGAUCAAUAUAAGGCUGAUUUGAAACGACGCAACAAAAUCAAUUCCCGAAAAUUUGGUACCAAGGGAGAGCUGACCGAACAGCUGGCCAAUGUUUUGAAAGCCCUGUGGACGUGUAAAAAUGAAAGUGAUCACAGCACCAGUUUUAAGGCCGUUGUCGAUCGCUAUGGCUCGCAAUUUCGCAGUUCAACGCAACACGAUGCUCAAGAAUUUCUCUUCUGGCUAUUGGAUAAAGUCCACGAAGAUUUAAAUACCGCCACAAAACGACGCUAUAAAAGUGUCAAGAACAAUUACGGCCGUCCCGACGAAGUAAUUGCCGCCGAAACAUUAGCCAAUCACAUACGUUGCAACAAUUCCUUUGUUCAAGCCGUUUUCCAAGCACAAUUUCGCUCAUCCCUCACCUGUCCGCGUUGUAAAAAACAAUCCAAUACUUUCGAUCCAUUCCAUUGCAUAUCGGUACAACUGCCACAACUGACGCAACAGACAAUCUUUGCCACCGUUGUCUAUCUACAAAAGCAGCCGCGGCAAAUGCGUAUGGGUCUAACAGUUACUGCCGGUUCACCGAUUGUGGCCUUAAGGGAACAGCUGCACAAAGACACCGGCAUACGAACGGACCAGAUGGUGUUGGUCGAUUUGCAAAAGGAGGGUUUUAUGCGGGUAUUUUACGAUUCCCAACCGGUGAAUACUUUGGAGGGCAUUGAGACCAUUUAUUGCAUGGAAGUACCCUUGGAAAAAGAGGAGGGCGAGGAGAAAAAGGCAAAUGAUACGGCAUCAACGACCGCAGCAAGUGUCACCACAACUGCCAAUAAUCCCCAGUCAGCAAAUCUGCUGGUUCUGGUAGCAAAUGUCAAGAAAACCAAACUGAAAAAUGAGGAAACCUCCAAAGAAGACAUUAGUCUGGAACGUUUUGGUGCUCCCUUCUGUUUGCAGAUACCACGUGAUUGUUCUUAUUCCGAGCUGCAAAAAAAGCUAUUGAAAGAAAUGUCAGCCAUUCUCAAGCCAGAAGUAUUUUCCUAUUCUACACCGUUGAAGGAAAUGUUUCAAAUACGUCUGCAGGAUCCUUCGGCAGAUCCAGAUACCUUUAUCGAACAAGUCGAACAUCCGCUGCUUACCGAAAUGAUUGAUUUGGCAUUGUCAGUGUUAUCGGCAGAAGCUGGGCCGCCACACAUAAAACUACUGCUCGAGUGGUCAGAUCCAGAGGCUUAUUUUUCGGAUCUCUCUGAUCAGGUGGUGGAACAUGAAAGUGUUCCCCGUUUACUGGCCAAUAAAUCCAAUGACACCGCCACCCUUACUUUGGAACAAUGUCUGGAACAUUAUACCAAAGCGGAAACAUUGAGUGCUGAAGAUGCCUGGCGUUGUCCCCAUUGCCAGGAAUAUUUACCGGUUGUGAAAACUUUAGGUUUAUGGUCUUUACCUGAUAUUUUAGUUGUACACUUCAAACGCUUCCGCCAGCAUCAUGGAAAGCAUACAAAUGCCGCCAAACUGACCACCAUGGUCAAGUUUCCACUGCAUUCGUUUGAUAUGUCACCACAUUUAGCAAAAGAAGCUAAUGAAACGACGACAACAGCUGCAACAUUAUCGGCAGGCCCACAGCAUCAACAAAAUACCCGUCCAAGUCCUUGGCGCAAAUCGAAGCCAGGAGAUUCACGUUCUUCCACACUGAGUUCGCGAGAUAAUCGUGAAACUCGCUACGACCUCUAUGCCGUCUGUUAUCAUCAGGGUGAUACCCUGGAAACUGGCCACUACACUGCCGCCUGUAAAAAUCCCUACGAUCGUCAAUGGUAUAAAUUUGAUGAUCAGCGGGUCAGCAAAGUUCCCAAUGAAUCAAUGCCCGAAGAAAUCAUUAACAACGAGGCUUAUAUGUUGUUCUAUCAGCGUAGAACAUCUGAGAAUGCUGAAUGCUCGGGUUCCAGUUCCAAUUCCGGUGAUCAUUGGGUAUCACGUAUAGCCCCACCGCCUCCAUCGUCAUCCUCACAACAAAGCUCAAAUGCGCAAUCGGUGUUAAGCAAAUCCAAAGAGACACUUAAGUCUGAAGAUAAAAUCGAUGCACCCAAGGAAGAGAAAAUUGAGGUGGUGGUAGAGAAACAUCUAAGCCCGGAAAUACAGAGUAAUAAACCAGAAUCCAAGGCAAAGGAAGAGAAAGAAAUCGUUGAAAUAACUGGACCAGUUGAAGAUCCAUUAGUUAACAAAGCCUCUAAUUUGGAUGCCCUGGAAGAACUGUUGGACUAUGCUGAUGCAGAGGUCAUACAUGAUGGCAGUGAUGUGGCCGAUGAAGAAUCAGACAAGAAAGACCUUAUCCAAACACCCGAAGAAAAUAAUGAAAUUUUCACCAUGGAUGAGGAUUGUAAAUUGGAUGAGGAAGUAAAAGAAAACAAAGAAGAAGAUAAUGCUCAAGAAAAUGCCACAACACUAAAUCAUUCGCUUACCAAUGGCCACAGUAAAGAUAACAAAUCAAAAUCUCCCCUGUCUCCCAAGAAAUCAAAUGGCAUUGAGAAAAAUAACACACCUUCGAGCAGCUCUAACUCAUCAUCUGCUACUUCUCUGGCGUCAAGCGAAUCAUUAUCGAAAACCAAGCAACAACAACAACAGCAGCAUCACACAGCCAUGGCAGUUGCUGGCAAAUUCAAUGGUGGCACAGGUGACAUUACCACAAAUCAAACCAAUGGCUUUUCAUCAUCCCACGUUGUCGUUGCCAAUUCGGCGCCCACCAACGAUAAAGAACAUUUACUUUCCACCAGCUUGAAAAGUAAUAGCAGCAGUAUUAUUAGUUCCGCAUUGGCGGGACAUUUUCGCCAACCUUGGCAUGGUAGUCGUUCAAGUGUGUCCGCCGUUGAAAAUGCCAUAUACCCCGGCAGUAGUUCCAGCACAACGACUCACCCUUCGUUGCAUUUGCGUCAUUCCUUUUCGACAGCAUCCAAUUAUCGUUUACGUGAAUGUGGUGACACUCUGUCGUCGGUGCUGCGUAAUUCGGUGAACACAUGCAGCAAGGAUACGUUGUUGUUUUUGGAUCAACAACAGCAUCAUAAUCAUCAUCAUCACCACCACCACCACCACCACAAUCAUCAUCACCAUCAUCACAACAAUCAUCGGCAUCAUCAUAGUUUGAUGGAGGACGAUGAUGAUUCGACAUUUAUGGGCAGUCGAUCGUUGUGGAUAUCUCCGGUUACGCCCCACAAACUUAUCACAGUAUCGCCGAAAAAUUAAGAAUGAAAAAAAAAAUAUUCAACAGAAAACGGCGACCUCAAAUUGUUGUGUACGUAUAUUUGUAUGUGUAUUUAUUAAGUUAAGUUUUAAACAAUUUAAUAGAUAGAAAAGAGAAAAGAAAAUAACCAAAAAGCAAAUCAUGAAUAAUUCAUAUAAAACAAAAGGCAGAAAAUGAAAGAAAAAAAAAACAUUGUUGAAAACUGAUCUAAUGUAUCCAAUAACAAAUUAGUGGAAUAAGGAUUAAAGUUUUAUUUUGUUCGUUUUUGUUUUGUUUUUUUACAUAAUUCUGACAAGACAUACACACACAGGCUCAUUAUGAGAAUUACUUUAUUAUGAUUACUUUAAACGUAUAUAUAUUUAAACAGUACAUAAAUAUAAUAAAAACAAAAUCAUGUUACAAUUUUUUUUCUACAUAAAUACUAUGUAUUGCAGAUAAUUAAAAAAAAAAAAAAUUAUAUAUACAUAUGGAAAUUGUAUACAUAUUUAAAAACUAAAUUCGAUAUAUAUUUAUUUGAAAUAUAAACAUAUAUUAAAAAGAAGAAACAUAUAGUAUACAAAACUACACAAUACAUACCUAAUAUUAAGUCAAUAAAACUCGGAUAUUUAUUAAGUGUUUAAUAAAUGUUUUGCAACAAACAAUUUAUACGAUUUAUACAAGAACAACAAAAUACGAUUUAUCAAAUAAUAAGCAACAACAAAACAGAAAAAGAAAACAAAAACUAAAUACAUUUUACUACCACAAAAAAAGGAAAAAUGUUUAUACAUACGUAUUCCCAUUAUUAAUAUUUGUAAGUUGAAAUGUAACUUUUUCAUGUUAUUUCCUAAAUAUUUAUAUAAAAGAUAAAAAUUCAAAAUAAAAACAAAUAAUGUAAGCAUUAAAAAAUAAUAGUUAUUUAUAACACAUGAAAUGAAAUGGCUAUUGUUAUUGCAUGAUAGUAAUACACACACAUAGAUAUGAUAUUACAAAAUUAUAGAAUUGUUUAAUCUCUGCGAAAAAAAUAAU